UAUUUUAUCCAUGCGAUGCAUUGAUUGAAAACAGGCGAACUUUUAAUUUAACUAAAAUUAAUAGGUGUAAACUCAUUUCACAUAUAAGAGCAUAACAAUUAUAAAAUGGAAGAGGUGCAGCGUCACAGCGUACAUACGCUUAUAUUUCGUUCGUUAAAGCGCACACACGACAUGUUUGUAUCCAAUCAGAGCGCAUUGCCUGAAAUCGACGAAAAACUAUUAAAUAUUCGGAAAUCCAUUAAAGCAAAGGAUACGUAUGGUCUGGUUUUUGAUCGUGUCUCUAAAGUCGCUGAAGCAAAAAAAUUAGCUGCCUCUGCACCUGGUGGCGCAUUAGAGGGACCAGAACGUACACUUGCCAUCACAGACGGCAGCUUGGCUGGGGAGCACAAUAACGGCUUGCUAGCAAUAACAGAGAAAACUGCAACUGGUGGGGUGGAACAUGCAAAUGGCAACACAUCACUUGUGGCCGCAUCAGGGGCGCGCACCGGUACAACGGGCAGUAAUGUACAAUUAAUACCCAAAAAGGCACCUACUAUUCCGAAACCUACCUGGCAUGCGCCAUGGAAAUUGUCACGAGUUAUUUCUGGUCACUUGGGCUGGGUGCGCUGCAUAGCUGUAGAACCUGGUAAUGAGUGGUUUGCAACGGGUGCUGGUGAUCGUGUAAUAAAAAUUUGGGAUUUAGCCAGUGGUAAAUUGAAACUCUCACUCACCGGACAUGUGAGCACCGUUCGCGGCUUAGCAGUGAGUGCGAAACAUCCCUACCUCUUCAGUUGUGGUGAAGAUCGUCAAGUCAAAUGUUGGGAUCUCGAAUAUAAUAAAGUUAUUCGACAUUAUCAUGGUCAUUUAUCUGCUGUGUAUUCCAUGGCGCUACAUCCAACAAUCGAUGUUCUAGCCACAUGCGGUCGUGACUCCACAGCACGCAUUUGGGAUAUGCGUACUAAAGCCAAUAUACACACACUAACUGGGCACACUAAUACAGUUGCAAGUGUGGUUGCGCAAGCAACUAAUCCGCAAAUUAUAACCGGCUCACAUGAUUCUACAGUACGUUUAUGGGAUUUGGCUGCUGGCAAAAGUGUUUGCACAUUAACGAACCAUAAGAAAUCUGUGCGUAGUAUCGUCUUACAUCCAACGCUUUAUAUGUUCGCCUCAGCAUCGCCAGACAAUAUUAAGCAAUGGCGCUGCCCUGAAGGUAAUUUUGUGCAAAAUAUAUCCGGUCACAAUGCCAUUGUUAAUUGCAUGGCUGUAAAUGCGGAUGGUGUGUUGGUUUCGGGUGGUGACAACGGUACAAUGUUCUUCUGGGACUGGCGUACUGGUUACAAUUUUCAACGUUUCCAGGCGCCUGUUCAGCCGGGCUCAAUGGACAGUGAAGCCGGUAUCUUUGCAAUGUGCUUUGAUCAGUCUGGUUCACGUUUAAUCACGGCUGAGGCAGACAAGACGAUAAAAAUUUAUAAAGAAGACAAUGAGGCGAGCGAAGAGACGCAUCCGGUCAAUUGGCGUCCGGAGAUAUUAAAACGCAGAAAAUUUUAAAUAAGCUGUGUUCAAUACCAUAUUGUGUAUUUGUAGUUUUGAAAUAAAAAAAAAAAUACUUUUAUACUAAGCAAAACGACUGCAAUUAGAUCUG